CAGGAUUCCCGGCUCGAAGUCAGAGAUGAGUCACAGCUAAGAGCAAGUGCAGGAGUCGAGAAGUGGCACCAGAGAGGCAGACGUGAGCUGAGGGCACCAGAGGCGGGCAGCGCGUCCCGGGGUCCUGGUGGCACAUGGCAGGCGGCACCGAGGUAGUGGCCAUGGACUGCGAGAUGGUGGGGCUGGGGCCUUUUGGGGAGAGCGGCCUAGCACGCUGCAGCCUCGUGGACCUCCACGGCACCGUGCUCUACGACAAGUUCAUCCAGCCCGAGGGGGAGAUCACGGACUACAGGACCCCGGUCAGUGGGGUCACACCUCAGCACAUGGAGGCAGCCACGCCGUUCGCCGUGGCCAGGCUGGAGAUCCUGUCGCUCCUGAAGGGCAAGCUGGUGGUGGGGCACGACCUGAAGCACGACUUCCAGGCGCUGAAGGAGAACAUGGACGACUACUCCGUGUACGACACGUCCACCGACCGGCUGCUGUGGAGUGAGGCCGGCCUGCAGGGCUGCAAGCGCGUGUCCCUCCGCGUGCUCAGCCAGCGCCUGCUGGGCCGCCGCAUCCAGAAUAGCCGGUUUGGCCACAGCUCUGUGGAAGACGCCAGGGCGACGAUGGAGCUCUACCGGAUCUCCCAGCGACUCCGGGCCCGCUGAGGGCGCCCCCUGGUGGCGCGGGACCAGCCCCAGCCAGCCCCGUCCGCAGGCACUUCCCCCAGGCCCUCAUCUCUUCGGGACCGCAGCUCUCUUGCUUUUGGAAAAUGCAUUUUUAGUAGUAAAUGGCUCUCUAUUUUUUCUACUCCA